CUCGAGUCCUCCGCGCCGCCGCCGGCAAUCCGCCGUAGCCGCAGGCUGCCGCACGGCGAUCAGUGAGGCCGACUCGGCUCCGGGCUCGAGGAAUCGGGCUGCUGGAACGCCCCGUCCACGCUUGACGGGCUGACGGGGCGCGGCGUCCCGCGUGGCUUGCUGGCCGGCGUUCGGGGCUCCCUCCCUCCUGCAGCAGGAUCGCGGAUCGCGGAGCCGGCGAGGUUUCGAGAGACGGCGGCGCUUGGCUGGAACAUUACUUCUUCAUCAAUCUGCUGAAGUUUUAAAAUACUGCAAUGCUUAUGUGGUCGAAUUUGGGUAUCCACAGCAGCUAAAUUGGUCAUAAUUGGCAUGUCUACGAAAGUUCCAAGGACCCUAGAAGUUGAUUCCAUGGGGAUGGCAGAUUGGGCUAACCUUCAGACUGAUAUCCUUGGUGUAAUUGUAAAGAAGCUUUCCGUCCCUGACUAUCUGAGAUUCCGUGCUGUAUGCACCUCCUGGAACCUUAUCUGCAGGGAUGUAUCCAACCCUCCAAGGAUAGACCCAUGGUUGAUGCUCCCUACGAAUACAAGUGUGCUUAAUGGUUCUAAAUUUUUGUGUGUACCUGAAAGAAAGAACCAAACAAUCCGUCUCCCAAGCACUGAUACAAUCUUUGGAUCUAUGUGGGUUCCUGUUGGUUCUUCCCAUGGCUGGCUUAUCUUUUACAGCCCGUCUCAUGGAUCCAUGCAGCUGAUUAAUCCCAUCAGUGGUGGGCAGUUCCAACUUCCCCAAAUCAGAAGCAGGGGCCUCUCCAAGGCCAUGUUGCUUGACAUGAAUGAUGCAAACUUCACUGUUGCUGUCAUCUUACGCGAUCUGAGAGGAUAUAAAGUAACGCGCAAAGGAAGCAAUAGUUGGUCAUCAGUGGAAUCAAAACAUGACCUAGUGGACAUCUUCAAGCACAGGGGGCAGCUCUACACCGUUGACAUAUAUGGCACUGUCGAGUUGUGGGCAGAACCACCGCGUUCCUGGCCAGAUGAAGAUGCCCCUCAGAUGAAUGCCCCGCAUCAUAACCUCGUGCACUAUCCUCAACAUGGAAAACUCAACUGUUUGGUGGAGUCCCCGGCUGGUGACCUGAUGAGGGUGAAGCGCCAGUCAAAUGAUAAGUUUGUGGUUUGGAUUCUGGACAAGGGGACCUUCUCCUGGGCGAAGGUUGACAACAUUGAGGACUUUGCGCUGUUUGUCAGCUACUACAGCUCGGUCUGUUUUCGCGCCAGGGACCAUCCCAACCUGAAGGCGAAUUGCGUCUACUUCAUCGACUCCUACAGCAACCUGUGCGCGUUCAACCUGGAGAAUGGGACGAAGGAGCUCGUUGAAGCCCUGGAGCCCGCCCAUGCCCAUGGCCAUCCAGAGCCUCAUGCUGUCCGUCGUAGGCCAGAAGGACAAAGGUACAUGUGGUUAAUCCCUUCUCUGAGAUAAACCAAUGGAGGAUGAAAGCUACAACUACACACAUCCCCGUCGUUAUCUCUGAACUCCUAUAGUAUAGUUACUAUAUUUGACUGAACCCUUAUAUCGCAAAGUAUGUGCUAUUUUCUGUAGCACAUUUGUAGAUAAAUCAACUGUCUGAACUUUGAAUAACUCGCAGUUUGCAUGCAUGUAUCGUUGUAUUUUGUAAUAUACGCGUGCGUCAAACUAAGUUAUUUUGUCUAAAUUGUUAAAGUUAUCAUCACCCGAUCAGAAGCGUUUUCGCCGCCA